AUGGCAACGUCAAGAUUUGUUGAUUCAGCAGAUGAUUAUGAAAAACCACAUUAUUAUCAAAAUAACAAUGUUCAAAUAAAUGCAAAAUCUAAAGAUGAACUUAAAAAUCAAAUAUUCGGUGAUAAUCAUGAUCGUAAUACUGAAAAAUUUUUGAGUAAAUUAGAGAACGCUAUUGAAUUUAAUGGAAAUGACUUAUUUCAGAAAUUUCCACCAAAAUUUCAUGAUAAAAACAAAUUACUUCUCUACAAUACGGUCAUGGAGAAACAUAAAUAUGUACCCUCCAAAGAUCGUUCUGUUCUCAUGACACGUUGGCUAACAUUUUCACUGCCAAAUACAUACGAUGGCAACGUUCCACUAAAAGUGACAUAUAAACCGGAUAUAUUUACAUACGGUCAAACUCGUGAUCAAUCAACGAUUGAAUGGUAUUUAAAUUUUGCUAAUUAUGAUUUAUUUUCGUAUUAUAGUAAACGUCUUCUUGCUCAAGAUGAAUUACAAGUACUCGAAUGUUUUCAAUUGGCUUCAAUUCGAGAAUAUCUCUGUAGUUGUAAUUAUUCAUUUAGUUCACGUAUUAGUGAAAAUGGUCAAAAUCCAACACCAAUUCUUAUUAGUAAUGUUGAACGUAUAUUAAAUAUGGAUACAACAAAUAUUUAUGGCAAUAAAUUUACAACAGCAACAGAAAAACAAAUUCUAGAUGCAUACAACUAUCUCAAUACACCACAGAUCGUGAACAUCUUGGCUAUUGAAGCACCAAGAAGUGGUCAAGAUUCAUAUGAAAUUUCAGAAAUUAAUUAUAUUUUAUCAACAUGUUAUACAGGAUUUAUGGCAGCUAAAUUAUUAGCAUCAAAAACACAUCAAUUGAAUGUGAUGAAAUCACGAAGAUCGAGUAGUGCUGGUUCAUCAUUAAAAACUAUUAUUCAUACCGGUUGGUUUGGCUGCGGUGCCUAUGGUGGAAAUCGAACGUUAAUGCUUAUAUUACAAAUAAUAGCAUCAAGAUUAGCUCAAAUCAAUGAAAUUGUUUUUCAUACGUUAACCGAUGAUUUUAAACAAGAAAUUAUAGACGCUGAUAGUUGUGUGAAAGAAUUAACAAAACCUAAUGGUAUAGAUAUCCAACAAUUGAUUGAACAUUUACAACAGAAAAAUUUCAAAUGGAACGUCUCAGAUGGAACGUAA